AUGGAUCCAACCUUGUACAAUGCCGCGAUGGAAGGCAAUAUCAGUAAUGGAGAUUUUCUACUUGCUGAAUAUCUGAAAAGGGAUGAAGAAAAUGCGUACCAAGUCACUCCAACGGGCAACACAAUCUUACACGUGGCCGCCCAUUAUGGCCGCUCCCAUUUCAUGGCAGAAGUCCUUAAGAUUAGUCCGGCAAUGUUAUGCCAUCGGAACAAGAAGAAUGAGACUGCGCUUCACAUAGCAGCUAAUGAAGGUCGCAUCGAAGUAGUCCACUUGCUACUUAGCAUACAUGAGCAUCAUAAGGAGACAAUCAUGAGGACGACAGAUGAGAAUGGAGAUACAGCGCUGCACAAGGCCUUGCGGAGCCGACAUCAAGAUGUAGCCAGACUGUCGGUGAAAGAAGAUCCUGAAUUCGAAUUUCCAUCCAACAAGGCCCGGGAGACAACACUGUAUCUGGCAGCUGAGUCUGGUCUUUGUGAAGAUUUGAGUGAAAUCUUGAACUCCUGCAAGCAACCAACUUCUUCCUCAGGUCCAUUAAAUCGAACACCUCUACAUGCAGCAGUAAUUCAGGAACACACGGCCGGUGCAGGUAAGGUAGACGUUUUACAUGAGCUGUUAAAUCACUGCCCUGAUUGCUGUGAAAUGCUCGACAGCAACGGACGAAAUGCUCUUCUUGAAGCCAUAUUCUGCAGUCGAGCAAAUGUGGUGCCUCUGGAAUUAAAAGAUCAUCCCCGAGCAAAGAAGAUGUCAUAUAACAAGGAAAACAAGACUCCAUUUGACGUGGCAGUGUCUUGCACAGAGUGGACGGAUGACAAGGAUAGAAUCGCGCCCAGCUUGUUUAACGAUUUCUUAAAUUCCAUUGUUCAAUUGGGACGACGUUCACCCAAGCUGAACCAGAUGGAUCGGCAGAAGAUAAUUUUCAACCAAGCUAAGGAACGCGACAUAAACAUCAAAGGUAUCUUAUCAGCAGCUCAAAUGCAACUUGUCGUGGCUACUCUAUUAGUCACAGUCACCUUUGCAGCUGGUUUUACAUUACCGGGAGGUUUUGAAAGCGAUGACAAUAGCCCUAAUAAGGGGAUGGCAAUUCUAAUAAGAAAAUCAGCAUUUCGUGCAUUUGUUAUAACGGAUGCCAUUGCCUUUGCAUGCUCCGCUGGUGCUAUAUUCAGCUACUUCUAUAUGGCGACAAAUCCUCGUCUAAUGUCCUAUCAGGAUUUGGGUUAUUUGUGGUCUCUCAGUAAAGUUGGAGCUAGGUCGCAGCUCGUGGCAAUGUCAGCAGUUGUAAUUGCAUUUGUAACUGGUAUGUAUGCUACUUUAGCACAUUCAGUUGGUCUCGCUGUUACUGUCUGUUCCAUUGGUUGCAUCUCUUUCAUUCUGUAUGUGUGGGCAGUGCUGAGGCCAGUAUGCUGGAUAAAUCUGAUAAAAAAAUAUUCUAUACACACAAAAAGUAUUUUUUGACAUAUAUACUUCGUGUAAUUUUCUAUAUACAUAAUAAGAUGCUCAAUUGACCACCCUUUACUGCGUGUGGGUCAUGUAUCUUCCUGAAAAAGAAGUGUAGAGAGACACAAGCAUCAAGUCCGCACCUCGACUAAUUCUAUGAGGUAUUUGCUAUC